GUCCCGGCGGCGCGUGGUGACCGUUGGCGUGCGCGGUUCUCGGCUCGCGGCGGCGGUUAGCGGCGGUUGGCCGGGUUGUCUGCCUGCGACAUGGCGGACGCGGAAGCCGCCAUGACGUUCCCGAAGAAGCACAAGAAGAAGAAAGAGCGGAAGCCGCUGCCGGAAGCUGACGUGGCUGAGAUCCAGCACGCGGAAGAUUUCCUGAUCAAACCGGAGUCCAAGGCGGCUCAGUUGGACACCUCCCAGUGGCCCCUGCUGCUCAAGAACUUUGACAGACUGAACGUGCGGACGACCCACUACACGCCCAUCCCGUGCGGCUCCAACCCGCUGAAGAGGGAGAUCGGGGAGUACGUCAGGACCGGCUUCAUCAACCUGGACAAGCCAUCCAACCCCUCUUCGCACGAGGUCGUGGCCUGGAUCCGCCGCAUCCUGCGCGUGGAGAAGACGGGGCACAGCGGGACACUUGACCCCAAGGUCACCGGGUGCCUCAUCGUCUGCAUCGAGCGCGCCACGCGCCUGGUCAAGUCACAGCAGAGCGCGGGCAAAGAGUAUGUCGGGGUCGUGCGGCUGCACAAUGCUAUCGAGGGGACCGCCCAGCUCUCCAGGGCCCUGGAGACCCUGACAGGCGCCCUGUUCCAGCGUCCCCCGCUCAUCGCAGCAGUGAAGCGGCAGCUGCGCGUGCGCACAAUCUAUGAGAGCCGUGUUGUCGAGUAUGACCCUGAGCGCAGGCUGGGUGAGGCCGGGGUCA